AUGGCUGAUCAAAUAUUAUUAGUAAAAGCUCUUAAAGCACGAUUCGAUGCUUUACCAAAUUUUGCUGGACAUUCUUCUGAGGAUGUAGAACGGUUUUUAAAAAGCAUUAAGAAUAUAAACAAAGCAACUGAUGAAUCAGCUAAUCAGGAAAUUCUAGAAAUUGUUCAUAGUAAAUUAAUUCAAUCAGUAGGAAUAUGGUUCGAUAAUAAUGAACCUAAUUUGAAAAAAUGGUCGGAUUUCGAAACUACAUUUCGAAAUCGACAUUUUUCUUCAACAUCAACUCAUAAGAAAUUUGAUACAUUAAAAUAA